CAAUCAAAAUAAUCCUCAGUUUUUAAUUUGGUACUUUACUUUCUUGAAAAGCCCGUCGGAAUUUAUUCAUUUUUCCUUUGUCCUCUGUCGUCUGGAUUUUAUCGUCUGCUUUGACUAUCGAUUCUCAGAGUCGGCGAUCAAAUUCUCCGCCGCCUUUGGCGGUUGUCGAUUCUUGCCGUCGGAGAUGGUUCUCCGGAGAGCGAUUUUGACUUCCUUUUUUCUUAUUUACCUCUUAUUCUCUUCCCAAGCUUUCGAGUUCGAUUUCAAAAAGAGGCGACAUGAAAUCCAAGGACCUAUCAAGACUGUGGUGGUUUUAGUCAUGGAAAAUCGUUCCUUUGACCACGUUUUAGGCUGGCUGAAAUCCGUCCGACCUGAAAUCGACGGAUUGACUGGUAAAGAAUCGAACCGGGUUUCGGUUUCCGAUCCGAACUCUGAAGAAAUUUUCGUCUCUAACGAUGCUAUCUUCAUAGAUUCGGAUCCUGGCCAUUCUUUUCAGGCGAUCAGAGAGCAAAUUUUCGGAUCAAACGACAGUUCAGCGAAUCCGGCUCCGAUGAACGGAUUUGCACAACAGGCGGCGGCUAUGGACGAAAUCGACAUGCCGAAAACCGUAAUGAGCGGGUUCAAACCGGAACGAGUUCCGGUCUACACGGAGCUAGCGAACCAGUUCGCGAUCUUCGACCGGUGGUUCGCGUCAGUUCCGGCGUCGACUCAACCGAACCGGUUCUACGUCCACUCCGCAACCUCUCACGGCGCCAUGAGCAACGUAAGGAAGGAUCUCAUCCAUGGCUUCCCUCAGAAAACAAUUUUCGAUUCAUUGGACGAAAAUGGCCUCACAUUUGGCAUUUAUUACCAAAAUAUCCCUGCAACCCUAUUUUUCAAAAGCUUGAGAAGGCUGAAGCACGUAGUUAAAUUUCACUCUUAUGCUCUGAAAUUCAAAUUGCACGCCAAGCUUGGAAGGCUCCCAAAUUACGCUGUGAUUGAACAGCGUUACUUCGACGUCGAUCUUUAUCCGGCGAACGACGAUCAUCCGUCGCACGACGUGGCGCGUGGGCAGAAAUUCGUGAAGGAAGUAUAUGAAAUUCUUAGGGCAAGUCCUCAAUGGAAGGAAAUGGCACUGUUGAUUACUUACGACGAGCACGGCGGCUUUUACGAUCACGUUCCGACGCCGGUUUCCGGCGUGCCUAAUCCGGACGGCAUAAUUGGACCGGAUCCUUACUACUUCCGGUUUGACCGGCUGGGCGUUCGGGUUCCGACGAUUCUGGUUUCGCCGUGGGUCGAGAAAGGAACAGUGAUCCAUGAGCCUGUUGGACCAACUUCUACCUCGCAAUUUGAACACUCUUCCGUUCCUGCCACUGUGAAGAAGCUUUUCAACCUAAAAUCCAACUUCCUCACGAAGCGGGAUGCAUGGGCUGCUACUUUCGACCAUUAUUUGAAGCUUCGCGACCGUCCUCGAGAUGAUUGUCCAGAAACUCUUCCAAAGGUAACGACACCACUGCGGCCAUGGGGACCGAAAGAACACGCAAAACUCUCGGAGUUCCAAGUCGAAUUGAUCCAACUUGCAUCGCAGCUUAAUGGUGAUCAUGUCUUGAAUUCUUACCCUAACAUUGGCAAAUAUAUGACUGUUGGUGAAGCCAAUAAGUAUGCAGAAGAUGCAGUCAAAAGAUUUCUUGAAGCUGGAAGGGUUGCUCUCCUGGCAGGAGCUAAUGAGUCUGCCAUUGUCACCAUGAGGCCGUCCCUAACCAGUCGAACGGCAGCGGUGGACUCCGGUCGGUUUGUCGAAACGAUCUGAUUUGAUUUAUCCACCAAGUUGUAAAUACAAGAAUAGGGAUGGGAUAUAUAUAGUAUUGAAGCUGCUAUCUGUAUGUAACACGGCCAGCAUAGAAGAACUAUUAUCAGACAAGUAUUUUGCCCUGUAACCUACAAAAAAAACUUCGAUAUGAAUUUGUGUUUAUAUUUUUAAAUAUAUAUUCCUUCGGGUAAUCGAUUUAAAUGGUUAAAUUAUUGAAAAAUAUUUUCAAA